UUUUUUUCAAACUUCUUGUAUUGUAGUGUGAUUUACAAACUGGGUGUCUUGCUAGGGUUCCAGAGAUUUGGAUGGCGACUAAGUACAUAGACGGGGAAGGUUGGGUGAGCAAGGCAGCAAAGGAUAACUAUGAAAAGAUGAUGGAGAUACGUGACACUCUGCAGUCACAAUCAUCUACGAGCGCCUCUGCUUCGAGUACUAUCCCGAGAGAAGAGGAUGACAUUAUUCUUGUUGAGACUAUCUUUGGACGUCGUCGAGGCUAUCAGCCGGGCCUUGGUCGUAGGAUUCGCACGAGGGCGAAUUGUGAAGCGGCUGAUGUACCUCAACCAGCCCAACCACCUCCUACCGCACAAGACAUGCAAGAGGUGAGGAAGCGACUCCGAGCCAUAGAGGAGCACUUGGCUAAGAUUUGUGGAGUCUCGGGAUCUGGAUCUUCUCAGCAAGGUCAUGGUGUCGAUCCUACAACACCUAGUUAAAAACAUUUAUAUUUAUGUAUUUUAAUUUUACUUUGAUAGUUACUUUGUCAUAAGAAUAUUUAUAGUAAAAAUAUAAUUUUGUGCA